GGGAAGAAGUGGUAUGUUAAUUCAGCUCGAGCCCAAGACUGGCCUGCUUGAGAUUUGUUAAUGAGGGAGAAAGGGCAGAAAAGCAGAACGGCGGGCACACACCUGGUAUAAAAAAGAUAGACAGGCAGAACCCAAGGCAAGCAAUGUCAAGGCAGGGUCAGGCAAUCCCAAUGGUACCCACGUGGAAAUGGGUGCACCGGCCUCUGGGGUAUAAAAUUGACAGUGACAGCGAUGGAGCAGGAAAACCACACCACGGAGUCUGUGCUUGGAACCACCCCCACAAGGCCACCCCCUUCGAUUGCUAAGCUGUGAGAGACAAGAACGCACAGAUAGUAUAAGUGAUUUGAUGCGAAUUGGUCCUAUGGACAUGCAUACAAAGCGUGAAUGUGAGAGAGGGGAGAGAGGAGAGACAGAGGGAGAGAGACGCGGAAACAGAUGGGCGUAUGCAUGUAAGUGCGUAUGUAAGUGUGUAUGGGCGUCGGGUGCAACAACGCGGAACGUGUGCUUGUGAUGCACAAAGUCGUACAAAGAUGCGACAACGAACUCGAUA